AGCGACGCGUUCGGUUCGAGUCUUCCCGCGCGCGCGUUCCGUUGUUGGUCUAUCAUCGGUCGUCUGUGAAACGGUUUCUUACUUGUUGUAAGUGUUUGGGAGAUCGACGGCGUUGGUGGCUUUGCGUGGCGUCCCUCCGGUUUAGUUUUGUGACUCCGUUGUUUGAUCACUGAUAGCUUGACGGAUUUUACCUGGUCGAGAGGAAAUUUCUCCACUCAAUUGGUGGAGAAUUCGCGAACGAUCUUCAGAAGAUAAUUGUGGUGCGUUCGACAGUGAAGACAGUGUCCUUUCACGGAGAUGGCAUAAUUGGAGAGACGAUCCGUGGUGAGGGAAACCGACAUUUCUUCUAAUGAUGGUUCAAUUUUUCGCCAGACGUCGUAUUUCCGGACUCACGAAUGGGCGAUGAUGACUCUGCUGGGAUUACGAUCGCCUUAUAGUCGCUCGAUUUGGCCAGUCGAUGGCAUCGAACAUGGAAUAAUCGGCAGGAAAUAUUGAUGGUGAUUAGUGGAAGAGUGGAAGAUAGAGCGAGCGAUCAAUCGAAGCGCGCAGUACAAGUCGAAGAAUAUAAAAAUUGAUUGAGUUUUGUGUCCGAGCGAUUUAAAAAAAGAAGAGGAAGAAUAUAGUUGCUUCGUUAGCUGGCUGAGGAAAUAAUGGAUUAAACAAAAGUCACGGAUUAUUCGGGGUUCGAAGAUAAGAAGCAACAGUGAAUAAAAGUGAGUUUGAAGAGAGAUAAAUUGAGUUCCAUUAGAGUGUUAUUCAUGUUCUGAGUAAAGUGACUUGAAAUAGAGGAAGAGGCCGACCCGAAGCCGAAGUCAAGUGGCUACUUUUAAUUAAUGGAUUGAAAUUCUAAUUAGAGGAGCUCAGAAAUAAACUGAAGAACCCGGUUUAGACUCGCCGAAAAGAAGGCAGCGAGCAUCGACCGCUACGCGCACAAUAUGACAGCCGCCAAAGUGCUGCAGUGAGUAAUAAAAGCGAUUCCCCUGACAGUUUUCUACGGAACCAAAAUAGAACGCGACAGUGCGCAAUGAGUCUGGUGAAGCCAAACGUCCCGGAGGGCUUUGCCACCAUCCGCACGCGAGGCCUCACCCGAAGUACCAGCCGCGUCGAACAGGUGACACACUCUCGUCGAACCUCCAGCUCAACCAUAAAGCCGUCCAGUUCUGGACCACUGUACGAAAACAAUGGCCACUCGUUAGCUUAUAAAAGUUCAUCUGCAACUUUGAUUUGUGUUCCACCACCGGUUCCUCCGAGAACCAGCUCGGAGCUAUCAUCGGCGAGAAACCAACCAAGGGAAGCUGACGACAAAGAGAACUCAAACAAUCCCUAUCGCAAUGACGAUGACGUCUUCUGUACAGCUGCCCUUACGUACGAAACUUUCAAACCACUCAAAAGUCCCACCAUAAAAGAGGAUGACUCGAGCGACUACAUCAGUUUGAUGCAAUCAUCGGAAUGCAUCGACCGAUUGAACUACGACUUCGAACUUCCUCCCUUGAAGAGUCCGCAAUACAUCACCGAGCUCAAGCUAAUCCAAUCGAAGGCAAUCGAAAGUGGAACCCUAUUCUCUAGACCGGAUAGCCCUCCUUAUGGCAAGAUUCGCAACAGCUACCGCUCGUCAACUCCAGAGAGCGUUGAUAACUGCUCGUCUGGAUCUUCCACCUACUCCAACCCCAUCAACAGCGGAAAGAGUACCAGCUUGAGCGGAUUCCUCGGCCCAGACGAACCCAACAAGCCGCUACUUAACAACAAAUCGACAACGCUCCAAUACCGAAAGUCCUAUUCGAGCUCCCGCUCGGAAAUAAUCUACGAAGAGCCAAAGAAAUUCGUCACCUUGGGUAGUCAGUCCAGCGACACGGACUCCGGCUACGAUGGGGGACCCGGGAGCUACCCAAAAAUCCACAAAAGCGCUGAACUGCUAAACGUCCUGGACUCGGAGCGCCCACAGCUGACGCGCGGCUUUUCCACGAUGCAACACUCACGUGUCGGUGGUUCGUCCUCCUCCGGCUAUCCCCCGAAAUCCGCUGUCGGCGAAAGUAAAUCCACCUCUUCGCUGAACGAGGCCCACCUUGGAUCAUCAACAUCAUCGGCAUCGUCCUACAAACCGGAACAGCAGCUACUGAACCAAAAGGUCGGUAGCCAGACCACUCUCCGGAGUAAGCCCAUUAUUCCGUGGUACGAGUUGGCCCUCCGGAAGGAUCACCGCCAGAGCUGUCCGCCGUUGCAGUCUAAUGCUGUAACAGCGUUUGAGCAGAAUCUGGUCAAUGUAUCGCAAAAGUUGCAGAAAAUGACGACUUCAACGGAUGAUAAGGACAGCGAAAUCCAAGAGAUGAGACAAACAAUCGAGCUUCUCAGACAGCAAUCGGCUGGAAUAGCUGCAACUCAACUUCUUGCGUUGACCUCUUCUCAUGGAACGACUUCUGGUGGAACAGCUCAAAACCAGAAGAUCCCUCCACCACCAAACAGCGACAUGAGGCGUCAUCACAGUACGGACUCGAUGCUUUCAGCGAGCUCAACGGGCACGAAUUGUUCCAAUCAGGAUAAGCAACCGAAGAAAAAGAGCGGCUUCCGACAUUCGCUACAGAGGGCAUUCUCGCGGAAUCAGAAAGGCCACAAACCAAAUCGUCCCAUCAGCCAAACCUCCAAUCCAGAUCCUGACUUCAUGCUGAUGAACUACCCAAGUCACGAAGAUGUUUGUAUUAGUCCUCAGCCGUACGCUGCCCCGCUAUCUCCGACCAAAAUCAGUCCACCAAAUUCGGCCAGUCCUGUUCCAAAUGGCGAACAACAUAUCACUUUCGAUCGAGACGGCAAUCCGGUGGUCACCCGCCUGGUCAAUCAACUUCGCGAGAAGGACAUCGUUCUGACAGAUAUCCGCCUCGAAGCCAUAACCACAGCAUCCCAAGUGGAAAGCCUCAAAGAAACGGUCAUGAAGAUGCGUCAGGAGAUGGUAUCCCUCAAACAAAACAACGAUCGACUGCAGCAGAUGGUCACGCGCCGGUCAAUGACGGGAAGCGAACUCUCCCUUGGCUCCACCAGUCCGACCAGCUCCGUUGGUGAAUCACGGCGCUUUAGUGCUGCCGUAGAUUAUGUCAACGCUCGCCAGAUGCUCGACCUUCCCCUGGACUUGGACGAAGGUGAAGAAGAUAACAUCCCGCCGGCACCAGCACCGGAACCGCCUCCAGAGCCACUCAGUCCGGCAUUCAUCGCCGAUAUGUCACCAUCGAUCGAAAGACCGCUGAUCCCUGAUUCGGAAAUCAUUUCGAUCGCCAACGAGUCAAUGGUGGAUAACAUCGAUGGAAAAAAGGUCGCGAUCGCUGUCUAUCUUGGACAAAUAGACCAGUUCUACAAAUACCUUGAAGAAAUGAUCGAGAACGGGCAUCGAGAGAACGGGAAAAUCCGGCAAAACGAAUUCACGAUCGCAUUCACCUACGUUUCCGGCAAGACCAGUUGGCAAAACCUGGACUACAUAAUACACCGCAGCUUCAAAGACUUCCUCGAUCGAGUUGACCCCAGUGGAAAUCUUGGGCUCAAUACGGACUCGAUCGCCAGCUACCACGUGGGAGAGGCAAAACGCGCCUAUGACGUCCGCCUGCCAGAACUGAUGCCUUACGGAUACAUCGUCGGAAACGUUGACACGAUGUACAUUUGUCUGCGCGGCGUCAGCAAUAUAGCGUUGGACAAUCUCAUCAUUAAAAACAUGGUGCUACGAUACAAAUCGUCCGCGGUUGUUGAUCCCAAGCGAAUGGCUGCCAGGGGAUCGAUGGAGUCGAUUGCGAAUUAGGAAAAAUGAAAUCAAAAUGUGUAGUCUUAAGAUAGCAGUUUAAUCGUUGUUUACACUUUUCACACAAGUUGCAAUAGUUGACAUGCAUGAAAACAUUUUCCUGUUACUCCAUAUCUCAAUCCUUAUAAUUAAAUAAUACUAGCUCCAAGUCAUAGCAGCGGAAAGGAUCGCAGGCGAUCCCUUCACCAGAUCCACUACUUACAGAAACUAACCGACCCACAUGAUAUUCAGAAAUUUCAAGUGUCUUCGAUCGACUGAAGACUGAUUAGUAAUGUGUUAACAAUAUAAGCGAUUAGUAGCAAUUCGAAAUUCUUCACGGUAGCUAACUCUAAGAUAUUUAAAACACGUUUUCCGUUAUGUAAUAAUGGUGAUGCUAGAAGAGCUUAUUUGAUGUGCUAACACUGUUGUUGUUCUACUUAGGUUCUAGUUCUAUUUUCUCCACGAAAUGGUUUCAACGUUUUCUAGGGAAAAUGUUGUAAUUCACGUUCUAGUUGAAAUUGACUGCAUUUUAGUCAUUGAAGCCAUGAAUGUUUGUGCUGAAAUAAAGGUAGCUAUAUUCCA